ACACAACAUUAAACAUUUAGUAUUUACAAAAAAGUGAAAAGUAAAAACUAAAAUUACAAGUAGUUCUUUACAAAUAUUUUCCUUUUUUUUUUCGUUAAAGCUAUUACCAAAAAGUUGUACGUUUAAAAUGUUUGACAAUGUUCUACAACUCAUAACCGUACUAAAAAUUACUUUAAGUAUAUCAUAAAAAAAUAUUAGAAUUUCACAUUCAUUCAAAAUGAGGAAAGAUAAAACAGGAGACAAUGCUAGACCAUACAAAUUAGCCCACCAGCUAGUAAGUUUAACGGGAAUUAGUUUUCAAAGAAGAAAUAUAUUGGGCAUGGUAGAGCUUACGAUUAUUCCUUUGCAAAAUAACUUAAGAUUUAUAAAGCUUAAUGCAAAACAAUGUCGUAUUUAUCGUGUAACAGUAAAUGAUAAUAUUGAAGCUCCAUUUCAGUACUACGAUCCUUUUAUUGAUAUCACUCAGGAUAAACAUGACGAACCCACUUUAAGUAUUUUUUCUACGUGUCACUUGGAUGCUGCUCAAGGGACUGAUCCAGACAACAACAAUGGGGAAUUAGUUAUAAGUCUGCCACCAGAGAUUACAUCAUUUGUAAAUGACAGUACAACAUUUAAAAUAAAUAUAGAGUAUUCUUUAGAACAACCAAGCGGUGGUGUUCAUUUUGUAAUUCCAGAUGGAGAAGGAUCUUUAACAGAAAGGCGAGCUCACAUGUAUACCAGAUGUUUUGAAAAUUCUUCGCGCUUAUGGUUCCCCUGUGUGGAUAGUUAUGCAGAGCCUUGCACUUGGGACUUAGAGUUUACCGUUGAUGAAAAUAUGAUUGCAGUGUCCUGCGGAGAUUUAAUUGAAGUUGUAGCAGCCCCAGAUUUAAGACGCAAAACAUAUUACUAUCACUUAUCAAUGCCAACGAGUGCACCGAAUAUUGCAUUGGCUGUAGGACCUUUUGAAAUAUAUGUUGACCCAACAAUGCAUAUAAUAACGCAUUUUUGUUUACCUGGACUAUCAGAACUAUUACCUUUAGCUGCAAAAUAUACUCAUGAAGCAUUAGAAUUUUAUGAAGACACACUUUCUAAUGGUUACCCUUACAGUUGUUAUAAGCAAGUAUUUGUAGAUGAAACUCCUACCAACUAUGCAUCAUAUGCAUCAAUGGGCAUAAUGAGUGUAAAUGUUCUUCAUCCAAAACAAAUCAUUGAUCAAGUUUACACAUCGAAAAAAGUUCUAGCCCAAGUUAUGGCUGAACAAUUUUUCGGUUGUUUCAUUUCGACCCAAAAUUGGUCAGAUUGGUGGCUUACAUGUGGUAUAGCACUAUAUAUGUCUGGUCUGUUUGCUAAAAAAUGUUUUGGAAACAAUUCUUAUCGUGAAUGGAUUCACAAUGAGCUGACGAGUUUAGUGCGUUACGAAGAAGAAAUUGGACCAAUAGUUUUAGACCCCACACAACAACCAGCUCCAACAAGUAGUGGCCUUUUAAGUCCAGGAGGUUCGUCCAAUCCAGGGCUAUCGUUAUCUUUCAAUAGCGUACAAAAUGCCAAUGAUACUUCUAAUUUCUAUUUUUCGACACGUAGUCUGCACACAAUAUCUCCACGAUAUUUUCACUAUAUGACAAAAAAAGCUCAUCUUGUACUACGAAUGUUAGAAAAUCGUAUUGGUUACUCACUUUUAUUACAGGUAUUGAACAAGCAUUUAUCUUUAGCAAGUAAUGCUUCACAAAAUCCCAUGAGUUCUGGAUUAUGGGGACACAUGUUGAUCAGUACUAACAUAUUUAACAAAACUAUUUUCACGGUGUCAGGAAUAGACAUGUCAGUCUUUAUCGAUCAGUGGGUCAGAACAGGCGGCCAUGCUAAAUUUACAUGCACUUUUGUAUUCAAUAGGAAAAGAAAUACAUUAGAGCUGGAAAUUAGACAAGAUGCAGUAUCUCAAAGGGGUAUACGAAAAUAUGUUGGUCCGUUGCUGGUCAGUAUUCAAGAAUUAGAUGGUCCGUUUAAACAUACGUUGCAAAUUGAAGGAAAUGUUGCUCGUGCAGAUAUUACAUGCCAUUCUAAAAGUAGACGCAAUAAGAAGAAAAAAAUUCCAUUGUGUACUGGAGAUGAGGUGGACAUUGACUUAAAUGCAAUGGAUAAUGAUUCGCCAGUGUUAUGGAUUCGAUUAGAUCCGGAAAUGACUAUUUUACGAAGCUGUAUAAUAGAACAACCUGAAUAUCAAUGGAACUAUCAAUUAAGACAUGAAAAAGACGUGACAGCUCAGGUGGAAGCUGUCGUUGCACUCGAUAAAUUUCCAACAAUUGCUACACGUAAUGCUUUAAGUGACAUUAUUGAAAAUGAACAAGUUUAUAUAAAUAUACGAUGUAAAGCCGCACAUUGUUUAACAAAGAUUGCUAACGCAAUGGUUACUAAUUGGACUGGACCACCAGCUAUGUUGGCAACAUUUAAAAAGAUGUUUGGUUCAUUUUCUUGUCCACACAUCAUUAGACAAAAUAAUUUUUCGAACGUACAACAUUAUUAUCUUCAAAAGACAAUUCCAGUUGCGAUGGCCGGGUUGAGAAAUUCUCACGGAAUAUGUCCUCCUGAAAUAUUAAAAUUUAUAUUAGAUUUAUUUAAGUACAACGACAAUAGUAAAAAUAGAUACUCUGAUAAUUAUUAUAGAGCUGCUUUGAUUGAUGCCCUAGGAGCAACUAUUACUCCUGUUAUAUCGUUAAUGCAAAAAGCUUGUGAUAUAACAGCAGAUUCAUUGUCUGGCGAUUCAAAACUUAUACUUGAAGAGAUUACUCAGCAUUUAAAUGUAGAAAAACGAUUACCAACAUACAAGUGCCCAGUCACCAUAUCCUGUUUGAAAGCUAUUAGAAAAUUACAAAAAUUUGGUCAUUUGCCGAAUAAUCCCAACAUAUUUCGCUCUUAUGCGUCAUAUGGCAAUUUUAUUGAUGUCAGGCUAUGUGCAUUAGAAGCAUUGGUUGACUUUACAUGUUUAGAUGGGCGCUGGGACGAUUUAAAAUAUUUAAUUGACAUAGCCGAUAGUGAUCCAGAUCCUAAAGUUCGCAACGAACUUGUUCGAAUGCUAUGUAAAAAUCCCCCAUUCACUCCAAAGAAACCAAAUAGCAGACUUAACAAUGACUACCUCUUUCAUCAUUUGUGGAAAUUAAUUAACUCUCUACUUUCUUAUGACACAACAUUAAGGUGCAACUUUGUCGAUCUAUAUUAUACAUUAUUUGGACGGCAAAAAAUGUUGCGCACCGAAAUUGCUGCGUUAUACAAACCCAUUAAAGUUGAAGUAGAAGCAAAAUCAUGUAUGCUUCCAAAUAUAAUCGUUGAGCCAGAUAAUGUUUCAAAUGAUGAACGUGGCAUUAAAAGAAGUGCAGAUUUUGAAAACCAGUUACUAGUUGCAGAAGUAAUUGAUGAUACAGUAAAAGUGGAACAUGACCACAUUGACGAUGCAUUCGAUUAUGAUGAAUUACAAUAUCAGAAAAGGAUUAAACCUGAAAUAAAAGAGGAAGUUGCUGAGCCUCAUGAUGUAGAAAAGAAUAUUAUUAUAAUUCCAAAUAUUCAGCCAACAUUUGAAAUCAACGAAGGCAAAUCUAAGACUGAAUAUUUUUCGGAAAACUCUGCGUCUCUUCCGGGUAUUAUGGUGUCAAGUACAUCUGGACCUGUGGGCUUUGAGCCCGGAAUGUUCAAAAUAAAACCAGAAGAACCACCUACUAAACAAAUAACUCAAACAGAAAGUCGACACCACCAUCACCAUCAUCAUCACCACCAUCAUCAUAGUAAAGUUGAUGGAUCAAGUACUUCUAGCAAGAAAAGGAAAAAAGAAAAAAAGAAGCAUAAGCAUAAACAUAAGCACAGGCAUGAUCACAAACAUAAGCAGGACAAAGGAAAAGAAAAAAGUAAAGAGGAGAAUAUUGUGAUUAGAGUAAAGGAGGAGACCUUGACAUCUGGUAGUUCUAGUAGCGAAGAGACAUCAAGAGACUUAAGCGUAUUUAUAUAAGAAUUUAAGAUAGGUUAUAUAUUUUUAAAACAAGUGAUUGGAACAUGAAAAACUUAAUUGUCCAUAAUAACAUUUGUUAUUAUUAAUUACAGAAUGUUUUAAUUUGACAUUACAUGCUUUAUUUUCUGCUGCAUUUAAAUGAUAUAGUUAAUUUGUUAUAUAUUAAGUUAUGUUUACAAAAAGGAUGGAUAUAUUUUAAGUACCUAUUUAUUGUUUAUUAAUAAAUCAUGGUUUGCAUGUAAUACAUUUAUAAGAUUCGGAAGGUUUUGUUUACAAUAUUUUGUAAUUAUUAACAUUUUUACUUUAAUUUUAAUACAUUUUGUUAUUUUAUAAAUUCCUAUUUUCCAACAACGGGAACAGCGCUGAGCAGCCUUCAUGUUGCAUUACUACCAGCCAGUUGCAUUUCAGCCCACACUGCA